AUGAUAACAAAUGGUUUGAGCGGUUUGUGGUUAUGUUGUACAUAAAUAAAUUCAAAUCGAAUCAAGUUCAAAUUGAGUUCCGUAUAGAACGAUUGCGAUCAGCAAAAUGCUGAGACAACAGCCUUUGAUAAUUCACAUUGUGAAACGAUUCAAGAAGACCAAACCGGGAUUAUUCGUGAAACCGCGUGAUCUGAAAAAGGCAACAUCAAUCGACCGUGCGCUCGAACACUUUGAUGACUUCUACAAAUCAGUCUAUGGUCCACGGUGGGGCGGUAUUCGAGCUUCCUUGCUGUGUGAGAAUAAAUUUGCGGCACUCGUCAAUAAUCAUGGAGAACCGGAGCAAACCAGAGAACAGAUUGAGUUGAAUGGUGGCGUCAAUAUCAGGAAAGUCUUUGAUGUAUACUUUGAUUCCAGUGCCACUGUUGAAACAACCGUACGCACCAAUCAAUCGACAAGAGUUGAUAGAACUGUGGAUAAGUAUGUGCAAGAGAAACAGAAAUCGGAAAUGCGUGCCAUUUACCAGCAACACGUCGAAGAAGAAGAGGAAAAAUUAGCAUUAGAGAAACGAGAAGAUCCAUCACGAGUUAUAGACAUGGCUGAUGUGGUUGAUUAUAAGAAAUCCCUGCAAAAAUCAUUGGCUGAAGAUUCUGAGUUCGAUUUCAAUCGUAUGAUUUCGGCCGAAGUUGGCGUGAUGGGUCUGCAAGAGUUCAUACCAGCCACAAAAUUAAAAGGAAUGGAAGAUUUCAUUCCCGAAUCAGAUCAUUAUCAAUACUAUAACACAGCCGUGGAUUUUCCACUAACAUUUGAACCGGAAACCGAUUUUCUAUUCCCGAAAACGUUAGAUAUUUACAUGUAUCCCAAAGGAGAUAUAUCACGAUUUUCACGACCAAAAAAUACGGCCACCAAAGUACUGUCACAUUUUCUGCUUGAUGCAGCCUCAAUUCUACCACCACUCAUGUUGAAUGUACAACCUGGCGAUGUUGUUUUUGACGCUUGUGCAGCUCCAGGAGGGAAAAGUUUGAUUCUAUUGCAAAGUCUUCUGCCAAAAACAGUCGUUUGCAAUGAUGUCUCACAGGGCAGAGUUAAUAGGCUUUACAAAUUAUUCUUUCAAUAUCUACCGGAUUUCACCGAGAAAUGGCAAGGUGAUCGGUGCAUCAUACAAAAUCAUGAUAUUCGAGAGGUUAACGAAUUCUCGAAAUACGAUAAGAUUCUCGUCGAUGUACCGUGCUCAAAUGAUCGGCAAUCGGUGACGGAAAAUGAAAACAGCUGGUUCAGAGGUGAUCGACAUAGGGAACGUUUACAAUUGCCCGAAUUACAAGCGGCCAUCCUUGUACAGUGCCUUCAGUUACUCAAACCGGGCGGUUCAUUAGUCUAUUCAACUUGUAGUUUAAGUCCAAUUCAAAACGAUGGUGUUGUUAAUAUGGCUCUAACAAAAGCAUUCACCGAUUACCACAUUACAGCUACUAUCAAAGAUUUGACGAACGUAUUGCAGCCGUUUAAAAAGUUAUUCUACUUCGAAAAUACAAAGAAUUUAAAGUUUGGACAGUUGGUUUUGCCGCAGUUGCCGUGUAACAGUGGGCCAAUGUAUUUUUGUAAAAUUCAACGUAAUGAAAAUUAGAAUAGAAAAUGUUUUUAUCAUUUAAUAUGAAUAAAAUUUUGAAAUGAA